UCUCAAUACGGAUAGCCUAGUGUCCAACAUUAACCAACAUCCUUCAUAAAUAUAUAGCUAUGUAUGAUAUGACCACUAAACUAUGGUUAAUACAAAACACAAACUCAAAAUUAUGGAAUCCAAAGCAAGUAUGGGUGGAGUGCAUGUUAUAGUAUUCCCUUAUCCAAUUCAAGGUCACAUAAAUCCCAUGCUACAAUUCUCUAAACAACUUGCUUCAAGAGGCCUAUAUGUUACACUAGCUACCACUUCUUCUUUUUCCUCUAAAUUCCAUGACUUAAAAUCAAGCUCAAUCACUAUAGAAACCAUAUCCGAUGGUAGCACCGAGGCCGCAACACCGGGAAAUUUCGAAGAAUACAUGAAAAAGUUUGAUGUUGUUGCACCACGGAGCCUAACUCAACUAGUUGAACAUAAAAUUGGAAUUGGUCAUAACGUUAGGUGCCUUGUGUAUGACUCAGGCAUUCCAUGGGCUUUAGAUAUAGCUGAGAAAUUCGAUAUCGAAGGGGCGUCUUUCUUUACGCAAUCUUGCCUAGUUAGCUUGAUAUUUUAUCAAGUUCAUCAAGGUAUAUUGAGUGUACCAAUUGAAGGUCCAGAAAUUUGUGUUCCUGAGAUGGCUUUUGAUGCACGGGACGUGCCAUCCUUUGUUCGUCGUGUGGGUUUGCAUCCUUGUUUAGAGAAGCUUGUGAUUAAUCAAUUUUCGAAUUGCGGAGAUGCUAAUUGGCGAUUUUUCAACACUUUUGAUGGCCUUGAGAGUAAGGUAGUAGAUUGGAUGGCAAGUCAAUGGCCUGUGAAAACAAUAGGACCAUGCAUUCCUUCAAUGUACUUGGACAAGAGGUUAGCAAAUGAUAAAGACUAUGGUCUUAGUCUUUUCAAAGCCCAAACCGAUGCUUGUAUCCAAUGGCUUGAUGCAAGAGAAACUGCCUCUGUGGUAUACAUAUCAAUGGGUAGUUUGGCUUCCCUUGGAGGUGAACAAAUGGUUGAAAUAGCAAAGGGUUUGGAAAAAUGCAACAAAUAUUUUCUAUGGGUUGUUAGGGCUUUGGAAGUAAGUAAGCUUCCUUUGAAUUUCAAAGAGAAGACAUCAAAUAAAGGUUUGAUUGUCAAUUGGUGCCCUCAACUCGAGGUCUUGGCUCACCAUGCCUUGGGUUGUUUCGUGACACGUUGUGGAUGGAACUCGACAUUAGAGGCUAUUAGUUUAGGAGUUCCAAUGGUUGCAUUCCCACAAUGGACUGAUCAACCUACUAAUGUUAAAUGUAUAGUCGAUUUUUGGAGGACCGGAGUUAGAGUGAGGGUAGAUGAUCAGGGUUUUUUGACUUCUGAUGAAUUAGAGUUUAGCAUUCGAGAGGUUAUGGAAGGAGAGCGGGCAAAAGAGAUUAGAAGUAAUGCAACAAAGUGGAAGCAAUUCACUAAAGAGGCAAUGGAAGAAGGUGGUAGCUCUGAUAGGAAUAUUGAAGAAUUGGUUGCAAAAUUGUUAAGCUACUCAUAGAUUCAAACUUUGUAUGAUGUUUUAUGUAAGAAAGGUCGUAAGAGUUUUGUUUUAUUGAACUUUGUGUGUAUUUAUUUGAAGAUAUGAUUAGCAAUUUUAUCGAACUUUUAA